AUGGCUCACUUUGCUGCACAUGCAUUAGGCGAUCUGGACUUGUGGAGUAUCCCGUCAAUGAGAUGGGGUGAACGACAUGAAGCAGAUACCAACAGCAGCCCAGAAAUUGCAGCAUAUCAAGUUAACCUGGCCCGCGGUGGGAUUGUCUUCAGUAUGCACUCGAAUCAUUAUGCAAGUGAUGUGGUGGGUGGGAGUAACUUCACACGCCGGCUUGCUGAGAACUGCUGUGCUAUUUCCAACAAUACGCCGUUCUCAGAAUGGGAUCCCCGCUUGAUUGACGUGACCCAUUUCACUAAAGAUUUACCAGAGGAAGCUUUGGUCGAUGGACCUCCCUUACAACAACGCCACGCAGACCAUCCGGAACAAGCAUGCGUCGUAUUUCACCUUCCUCUGAGCAAAGCUGCACAACUCAAGGAAAUGGCAAUUCCGUGGACAGUCGAUCUGGUUCCGCAUCAGAUUUCGACGUUCGAUGCUACAUGCGCUUACAUAUGGCGUAUGCUCUCCAAGGUACGCGCGCCAUUAUAUCGCCCUGAUUUGUCCAAGAAGCUGUGGUGGGCCGAAGCCGUCGACGUGAGGGGGCGUCUGGAAAGCCCUCCGUUUGAAGAAGACAUUAUGAAGCGCAUGAUGCGCAACAUCUUGGCGAGUGCCUUCUCUGACAUGACUGAUAUCGAACAACUAACCGCGGCUGAAGUCAUAUCCGACGCCCCUCUCGCCAUAUUAGCGAGAUAUAUCCGCAGGUUGACGAACAGCUGUACUCAGCAGCACUUAGAAAGUUUGAUCGAUGCGAUUGCGAAGAUCCGGGAUAAACGAUCCACCAGCCUGCGUGUCGAUGCGCAUCCAUCGAUGAGUAUGUUCGUAACAGAUCACCGUAAAGGCGACAUCAGUAGCUUCGACUUCGGAUUCGCCAAACCCAUUACUUAUCGCCAUCUAUGGGGUUCGUUGAUUACCACAGGUCUGAUUCUGAUUUACGCCCCGAUCUGCUCAGACGCAAGCCCAGAUGAGGUCUGCAUGUUCACGAUCACCAAGGAGAAGGAGCUGGUACCAAAGCUCCUCGAGGACCCAGAGUGGACCAAGUAUUUUGAAUAUCGAGGUGUGGACUAA